AUGGCAGGCUGUCGACAUCCGGACAUACAGCAAUUUGGCGAGAUUGGUUGUUGCCUUUCGUGCGGAGAAGCACUGCUUGAGACGACCCCAGAGCCAGAAGAUAAAUCGAAUGACUCAGAAUCCCCACAGUACCGAUACAAGCCGCUCAGAUACAGUCUUGGUCAGGAGAUCCGACUUGUCGUCCUCUUCGCAGGCGGUUUUCUGGACGAUCUUAGUUGUAAGAUCGUCCAUGUCAAUCUAGCGGACAAUCCAGUCUAUGAGGCAAUUUCAUAUACCUGGGCAGACUCAGAAGGUGAUCUAGCCCUUUCACAAAAGAUCAGCUGCAGCGGAAAGAUCAUACCCAUAACCAAGAAUUGCGAGGCAGCCUUGCGACGUCUCAGGCGGUCCGGCCGCAACAGACGACUUUGGGUGGAUGCUAUUUGCAUCGAUCAGAAUGACGCAUUGGACAAAAGUCAUCAGGUCAAUAUCAUGUCUAAGAUCUACGCGAACGCAUCUCAGGUGGCAGCUUACCUUGGUGUUGAAGAUCUGUCAACGACCCAGGGCUUUCAAAGAGUAGUUGGCAAUAUGCAGAAUGAAUCAGUGACCGACGCAAAUUUAGCCAUUACUGAAGCAUAUCUGAGGACAUUCAUCGAAUUGCCUUACUUCGACAGGGUGUGGAUCUUGCAGGAAAUUGGACUGGCGCGGCUGGUGACACUGAUCAUUGGUACUUCGGAAAUUCGUUGGUCUGGCACGUCCAUUUCAAGGGUACUAAAGCUGUGUUCUGCUUUCGGUCUGAAUCCACCAAGCGCUCUUCGCUGGGCUCCUGCAAGCCGCCCUGAAGAGGAGGAUGUGUUAGCAGUGUUGUGCAAGAGUCGGAAUUGCUCCGCCACAGAUCCUCGUGACAAAGUGUAUGCCUUGCUGGGCCUUACAAACCUAAAUUUCUCGAGUCAGUUCCCCGCGGAUUACACUCUUACUACCUUGGAGGUCUUCACGAAGUUGGCUGUACACUUCAUUACCAAAAUGGAGCGGUUUGAUAUCUUACAGCAUUGCCAAAAUAUCGAAGUGUCAAGUCUCACAGGAUCACCAAGCUGGGUGCCUCGAUGGGACUUCAAAGAUGUGUAUGAACCGCUUCCUCCUCAGUUUUCCACUGUCAACAAGCGAUGCUUUGCUGGUACCUGGCAUAUGGCCGCUGCUUCUCCCAGUACCUGGCUCUACAACCAUCCAAGUGGAAGGAUAUUGCUUGAUCGUCUAUUGAAACACUGCUCUCAGUUCUCGGAAGGGAAAACUUGUAACCUCUCGACGAUUGGCUGCCGGAAGCAGAUCAGACAGAUGUGCGUAAAGGAAGCAUUGUCUCCGUUAGCAGAUGAGGAUUACCUUACGCAUCACGUCACGUCUCUGUUGUGUCGAGACUUUCAAUACGCCAUACGCAAGUCUUAUGAAAGCCGACGUACCGAUGACAUACCAGUAACGACAUGCGCAUCGGAGCUGAAGCUGCGUGCACAUCGCCUCGACAGAAUAUCGAGAGGACGUUUGUCGAAAAUAUCGUCAGCACGAGAGUUCGUUUUCCCACGACGUAACUGGUCAGCUUUUGCCGCGGUCCGUCAUUGUCAGACCUGUAUCAACGCCAAAAUUGACGUGUUUUCACACGACUACGGAAACGAAAGAGCUACAGAGGAAGAACGCAGGUCUUUCUUACAAAUUGCCAAUACUCUCGGUGCUGGUAAAACGGCGUUUGAGACUGAACACUCUGUGGGCUUUACACGCGCAGCUUGUACCCAAGGCGAUUCUAUCUGGGUUCUACAUGGCGCAGACGUUCCUUUUAUUUUACGCCAAGUCGAUGAUCAUUACAUCUUGAUCGGCGAGUGCUAUCUGUACAAAGCCUCUCAACCGUUUCGCUGCAAGCAUUGUGGUGCUGACGCAGCUCCAUGGCCAAUGCAAACGGAGAUUGUAGAUAUUUGGUAA